AUGCGGGAGUGCAUCGCCUCCAUGCAGCUCUCGGCACAUGACCAGGGGUGCCGCAGCAGCCCUAAUAUUGUCUUUACUUUCCCUGGUGUUGAACAGUGUAAGCUGGGAAUAGUGAAGUUCACUGAAGCUGAGCAAGUGCCCGAGCUUGAAGCUGUUAUACAUCUGGUUGUAGCCUCCAGUGAUACAAGACACAGUGUUGCCACCGCAGCAGACCUUGAGCUAAAGAGCAAACAAAGUUUAAUUGACUGGAAUAAUCUUGCUAUCAUCGACAAAAUGUAUAAAGUGUAUCUUGGGGAUAUACCACUGAAAACCAAGGAGGGAUCUCUUCUCAAACCAGAAAUGAAACGAGAAUCAGUCAGUACCCAUGUUAAAUUAAAAAUAGUUCCUCAUCUUCUGCGAUCCAGGCAAGCUGCAGAAAUGUUUCCAGAUAACAUUCAGGUGGUUUACAAUGGACUCUUUGGUGCAAACACAAAUGCAAAACUGAGAAGUCUGUCGUUGCGGUUUGUGCAUCAUAUUUGUAUCAUUUGUCCAGAGAGUAAAAUAAAGCCAUUAGGCCCAAUGCUUUUAAAUGGACUUACAAAGCUGAUCAAUGAAUACAAAGAGGAUUCGAAACUGCUGUCAAUGGCAUAUUCAGCGGCUGGAAAACUGUCCAGCCAAAUGCCUCAGCUGUUUACCAAGGAUAUAGCACUGGUACAGCAGUUUUUUGAAGCUUUGUGCAAGGAAGAUGAUGAUACUAGACUUGCCAUUCAGGAGGCGUUGUCUAUGAUGGUUGGAGCAUACAGUAACUUGGAAGGAGCUCAGUGUACCCUAAUGGAAACUCUUGUAGCUUCUUAUUUAAUAAAGCCUGAAGUUCAAGUACAUCAAGUGUCUGUGAAAUUUGCUAGCACAGUGUUCCCUCCAGAUCAUAUCCCUUCCAGAUACCUGCUUCUGUUAGCUGCAGGAGACCCACGGGAGGAGGUACAUGGAGAAGCCCAGUGGGUACUGAGAACAUUUUCUGGAAAAAAUGAAAAGGAGAGUUCUGGGAAGCAGCUGCCUUCCUUCCCUGAAAUUGUCCUUUACAUUCAAGACAAGACCUCUCACCGAAUGAAAACCCCUGCUAAAUAUAUGACUGGAACUGCAGCGUUGCCUUUUAAUCCUGCCACAUUUGGAGAGAUAGUUCUGUAUCUGCGGAUGUGUCUUGCUCAUAGUGCUGGUGUGGUGCCAACCUCACAGAGCUUGGCAGAUAUGCAAGAUCAUGCUCCAACCAUUGGACGUUACAUAAGAAACCUCAUGUCUGGCAACCACAUAACUUUAUUUUCCUCCUCGUCCUCUUCAAAAAGUGCAGAAACCAACCCUGUACAUAUAUAUAUUGGCCUUCUUCAGCAGCUCUUAGCUGGUGUUGGAGGUUUGCCAGUCAUGUAUUGUCUUCUAGAAGUUGUUUCAGUGUAUCCAGAAAAACUAGCCACCAGAUUUGCAGACAAAAUGGAUUGGAUAAAGAGUCUGAUGAACACUAACAAAGAGGAAAUGCGAGAGCUUGCAGCCCUGUUUUAUUCUGUUGUGAUGUCUACCACGUCUGGAGAUGAGCUUAGGGCAGCCUUGGAGCAACUGAUCAAGAUGACAAAAGACAACCAUUGCCCGGAGGUCCUACAUGGAUCCUUGUUGGCUUUGGGAUUUACAGUAGGAAGGUACUUGGCCAAAGGGAAAAUCAGAACAAUGGAGCUACAUGACAUAGAACAACCAAACACUGCAGUCAUGCCGGAACAAGAAUAACUUAUAAAGUCAACAACAGAGACAAUAGGUUCUUUCCUGGACAGCACCUCUCUCUUCCUUGUGGUGGCUGCUUGUACAGCUCUUGGAGAGAUUGGCAGGAACGACCCCCUGCCAAUUCCCAAUGAAGGAACAGGAUUUACAAAGCUACAACUUGUUGAAAGUUUAUUGGCCCGGAUCCCUUCUAGCAAAGAAACAAAUAAGAUGAAGGAAUGAGCAAUACAAACAUUAGGCUACUUCCCAGUGGGAGAUGAAGAUUUUCCUCACCAGAAGCUACUGUUGCAGGAUUUAAUGGAUUCUGUGGAGGCCAAACAAAUAGAACUGCAGUUCAUAGUUGGUGAAACCAUUACCAGUGCUGCAGUAGGAACCAGCUCAGUGGCUGCACGUGAUGCAUGGACAGUCACAGAGGAGGAAUAUAUCCCUCCUUCAGAUUUGAAAGUGAAUGAUGUGGUUCCCUGGGUCCUGGACCUUAUUUUGAACAAGCACAUCAUCAACCCCAACCUGCACACUAGGCAGGCAGCUUGCAUCUGGCUUCUGUCAAUGGUGAAGAAGCUGAGCACACACAAAGCAAUUAAGUCUCAUCUCAAGGAUAUUCAAAGUGCAUUUGUUUCAAUUCUGUCAGAUAGUGAUGAGCUUAGUCAAGAUGUUGCUUCAAAAGGUCUUGGGCUAAUAUACGAACUAGGAAGUGAACAGGAUCAGCAAGAGCUGGUCACUACUCUUGUUGUUAUCCUUAUGACUGGGAAAAGAGCCAAACAUGAGAUGACUGGAGAAACAGUGGUGUUUUAGGGUGGUCUGAGCAAAACCCCAGAUGGUCAAGGUCUUUCUACCUACAAGGAGCUUUGUUCACUGGCUAGUGAUCUUAAUCAACCAGACCUGGUGUACAAAUUCAUGAACCUGGCCAACCAUCAUGCCAUGUGGAAUUCUCGCAAGGGAGCAGCUUUUGGUUUCAAUGUGAUAGCUACCAAGGCUGGAGAGCAACUGGCUCCAUUUUUGCCCCAACUUCUUCCCCAGCUCUACCGCUACCAGUUUGACCCUAACUUGGGCAUUCGACAGGCGAUGACCAGCAUUUGGGAUGCCUUGGUCACCGACAAGUCUGUGGUUGAUAAGUACAUGAAGAAAAUUCUUGAGGAUUUGAUCAGUAACCUAACAAGCAGUCUGUGGAGGAUCAGAGAACCCAGCUGUCUGGCACUAAAUGACUUAUUAAGAGGAAGACCUUUGGAUGACAUUAUAGACAAGCUUCCAGAGAUCUGGGAAAUCCUCUUCAGAGUGCAAGAUGACAUUAAGGAGGCUGUGCGAAAGGCAGUAGAACUAGCCCUAAAAACUUUGAGCAAGGUCUGCGUGAAAAUGUGUGAUCCCUCCAAAGGAGCAGCAGGUCAGAAGACGAUAGCUGUGUUGCUUCCUUGCCUCCUAGACAAAGGCAUAGUAAGCACAGUUGCUGAAGUCCGAUCUCUCAGCAUUAACACUCUUGUGAAGAUCAGUAAAAGUGCUGGGUCUAUGCUGAAACCUCAUGCACCAAAACUUAUCCCAACCCUGCUGGAAUCCUUGAGUUAGCUGGAGCCUCAAGUCCUCAAUUAUUUGAGUUUUUCUGCAACUGAUCAGGAGAAAACUGCAAUGGAUAGUGCCAGACUUAGUGUUGUCAAGUCAUCUCCCAUGAUGGAAACCAUUAACAUGAGCUUGCAGUAUUUGGUUAUAUCCAUCCUGGGUGAGCUGGUUUCUCGUCUGUGGGAACUGGUCAAAAGUGGAGUAGGCCUUGGCACAAAGGGAGGCUGUGCCAGUGUAAUUGUGUCAUUAACCACACAGUGCCCUCAAGACUUAACACCUUAUUCAGGCAAACUUAUGAGCACGUUACUUAGUGGCCUGAUGGAUCGCAACAGUGUGGUGCAGAAGUCCUUUGCCUUUGCUAUGGGGCAUCUAGUCCAGACUUCCCAAGACAGUAGCACUGAGAAGUUGUUGCACAAACUCAGCAGUUGGUACAUGGAAAAGGAAGAGUCAGUUUACAGAGCAGGUUGUGCUUUAACUGUGCAUGCCAUGGGACGCUACAGCCCAGAUGUACUCAAGAACCAUGCCAAGCAUGUACUGUCAUUGGCUUUUCUUGAAAUGCAUGAGGUUUCUGAAGAAGAGAAAGGAGAUAAAGAGAAUUCUACUCUGUGGACUGAAGUUUGGCAGGAAAAUGUACCUGGUACUCAAGGUGGCAUCAGACUAUAUAUGCAGGAGUUGAUAACCAUCGCCCAGAGGGCUCUGCAGUCCCAGUCCUGGAAGAUGAAAACCCAGGGAGCAGUUGCCAUGGCAUCAAUUGCCAAACAGACAGGCUCCCUUGUUCCACCACAUUUGGGAAUGGUGCUCUCAGCACUGCUGCAAGGCCUGCCAGGGAGAACCUGGACAGGGAAGGAGGAGCUGUUAAAGGUCAUUGCCAGUGUUGUCUUUUCGUGCAGUGCAGAGCUACAGAAGUCAGUGCCUGGUCAGCCCACCAUCAAAGAUACUGUCCAGGUUGUCCUGAAAGAAUGUCUUAAAGAGAACCUGAAGUAUAAGCUGGUGGCGCUGCGCUGUGCGGCUGAGGUGCUGCAGGCAACAAAGGAAGACCGGUUCCAGGAACUUACAGAAAUCGUCUUUCCCAUGAUAAAGAAGAACUCCCUGGAGAGCAUGGAUGCAGGUUUCCCAAAGCAUGAUGAAGAGGACGAAGACAUGAGGGAGAAAGAGGUGCAGAUGGAGUCCCUGAUCUGUGCCUUCGAGACCCUGGGCAAAGCCUGGCCAAGGAGUCUGGAGACACAGCGUUGCUAUCGCCAAGAGUUUUGCAAGUUGAUGUGUGACCAUCUGAAACUCAGCACGUGGAAAGUGCAGCUUGGAGUGCUACAAACCAUGAAUGCCUACUUUCAAGGGCUAAUGCUGUUUGAUGCGGAGCACUCCAAUCCUGUGGCUUUGACAGAAAUACUGUUGGAAACCUGUUCCUCUAUCACCCAUUCUUUAGCUGAUGGUUACUUGUUUUAUCAGUAA